AUGGCGAGGAACAGGAGGGAGAGAGACGGAGGAGGAUUUGGCACGGAUGGAUUGGUUGCUGUGGCGAUAGACAGAGACAAAAGCAGCCAAAAUGCUCUGAAAUGGGCUGUCGAUAAUAUGUUGCAGAGAGGCUCAACCGUUCUUCUUGUCCAUGUCAAGACUCGGGCUUCCUCUCUGUCAACAAACCCUUCUAUUAACUCAAACCCCUCUAAGACGAGCCAAAUUAAUAGUGAUUCUUCUUUGGUUUGUGGAGAACCAGAAGGCUCUAUCAAACAGUUGUACCUUCCUUUUCGUUGCCUCUGUUCACGCAAAGAUAUACAAUGCAAAGAUGUGUUAUUGGAGGACUCAGAUGUGGCGAAAGCUUUAGUAGAAUAUGCAAAUCAGGUCAUUAUUGAGGUAUUGGUGAUUGGUUCCUCCUCAAAAGGUGGCUUUCUCAGGUUCAACAAACCUACAGAUAUUCCAGGAAUUGUUACGAAGACAGCACCUGAUUUCUGCUCGGUUUAUGUGGUAACAAAAGGAAAGCUUUCAACAAAGAGGAUAGCCUCUCGUACUGCUCCUUCUGUGUCUCCAUUGCGUAUCCAGCUUCAACAGAAUAGCUUAAAGCCACAUCCACCUUUGCCUUCUACUAACACAAGAGCUGAGAGACAAUCAUUUGAGUCUCAGCAUCGCAGGUCCCUUGACGAUCAAUCAGAUUCCUUCAGGUCACCAUUCACUAGAAGAGGCUUGAAUGGGAGAUCAUACGGAGACCUAUCACUCCCGGAUGCUGACAUAUCUUUUAUCAGCUCAGGAAGACCAAGCACUGAGCGGAACUCCAGUACUUCCUUAUAUGACAAUUAUGAUCCAAACCGGACUCCUCCUCCAAGGCUAUCAAAUUUCUCAGACAUUGACUCUGGUAGCUUCGAGUCAAUGACCAACGGACGGAGGUCAAUGGAUAUAAGCUCACCAACUGCUUUCUCAACAGGCUCCUUUGAGACUGAUAGGUUUUCAUCUGCUUCGCAAGUAGCGGAUAUUGAUGUAGAGGCUGAGAUGAGGAGGCUUAAACUGGAGCUGAAGCAAACGAUGGAAAUGUACAGUACAGCUUGCAAGGAAGCGCUCACAGCAAAACAGAAGGCAACGGAGCUUCAACGCUGGAAGAUGGAAGAAGAACGGAAACUCGAAGAGGCAAAGAAUGCAGAAGAAGCCGCGUUAGCCAUUGUAGAGAAGGAGAAAGCAAAAUCCAAAGCAGCGAUUGAAGCAGCUCAAAGGAUUGCUGAAAUAGAGUCCCGAAAGAGAAUCAGUGCAGAAAUGAAAGCACUGAUGGAAUCUGAGGAGAAAACAAAAGCCGUCAAUGCUUUAGCGCACGCAGAUGUUAGAUACAGGAAGUACUCCAUCGAAGAGAUUGAGGAUGCAACAGAUUACUUUGAUGAGAAAUACAAGAUCGGAGAAGGCGGUUAUGGACCUGUCUAUAAGUGUUAUCUGGAUCACACACCUGUGGCUGUGAAAGCUUUGCGUCCAGAUGCAACCCAAGGCAGGUCACAGUUUCAGAAAGAGGUUGAAGUGUUAAGCUGCAUGAGGCAUCCUAACAUGGUUCUUCUGCUUGGAGCAUGUCCAGAAUGUGGAUGUUUAGUGUAUGAGUUCAUGGCCAAUGGGAGCUUAGAAGACCGUCUUUUCAGACAAGGAAACACCCCGCCCCUUUCUUGGCAAACGAGGUUUAGAAUCGCUGCAGAGAUUGGCACUGUACUGUUGUUCCUCCACCAGACUAAACCAGAACCACUGGUUCACCGUGAUCUCAAACCGGCAAAUAUCUUACUAGACCGCAACUUUGUCAGCAAACUUGCUGAUGUUGGCCUGGCUAGACUGGUCCCUCCAUCCGUUGCAAACACAGUGACGCAGUACCGCAUGACAUCAACUGCUGGCACGUUUUGCUACAUCGAUCCAGAGUAUCAGCAGACGGGUAUGCUUGGUGUGAAAUCUGACAUUUAUUCGCUCGGCAUUAUGUUUCUGCAGUUAAUAACAGGAAAACCACCCAUGGGUUUAACUCAUUACGUCGAAAGAGCCCUUGAGAAGGGGAACUUGAAAGAUUUGCUUGAUCCAGCUGUGUCUGAUUGGCCUGUUGAAGACACUACAGAGUUUGCCAAGUUGGCUCUUAAGUGUGCAGAGAUAAGGCGAAAAGACAGACCUGAUCUUUCCAAAGUUAUCUUGCCAGAGCUCAACAGAUUAAGAACACUUGCUGAAGAAUCAACUCAGUCUGCAGUAGUUAUCAACAGCCCUGGACCAACUUCCUCCCCCACCGAUAGUCAAACUUCCUCCCCCAAGUUGUGA